AGGCUCACGCGUAUACGACGUACACACUAUAAAUUGCGAUAGUGUUCUUAUCAGAUCUGUUUGUCACCAAGGUCCGUAGAUUGUCGUGUUGUUUUUCUGGGAAAAAUCGCAAAUCAAUCGUUUGGAAAUGGCCGGUCUAAAUUCAAAUUUGGUGGACACGAAAUGCCUGAUUGCAGAAGUCUUGUGCCGACCGGAACUCUGGGACAGGCAACAUCCCCAGCACCAUAACAGAUCCGUACUAGACCAUCACUGGGACGACGUGGCCGGCGCUCUCAACAUUACCGGAAAAAUUGCUCGAGGUAAAUGGAAAAACUUGAAAGACCACUUUCGCAAAGAAUAUAAGCGUUGCCUAGCUAUGGAUAGUGGCCAGGAAGUAUCAAAGUGGCCAUAUUUUCAAAGCAUGAUGUUUAUUAAAGAUCAAAUCACCCAUUCCGCAUCGACUUCGGUAUACAUGUCGGAUAUGCAAUACCAAAAUAUUUAUCCUGAGAUAGAAAUGACUGAAGAGCCUCUAAAACUGUCAUAUUCUUCAGUAAAGGAUCUAUCAAGUCAAAACGAUGCCGACGUCGUUGACGCUAUAUGUUGUAAUCAGUGUGAAAACUUCUCUGACGACAAGCAUUUCUUACUUAGUCUUUUACCUAUGUUUUCCGCACUUUCGCCAGAAAAUAAACUAAGAGCCCGAAUUGGCAUUGAAACGCUGUUACUCAAUAUAGCGUUUCCAGAAGUCAGUACCGCUAAAACCGAUGAUAGUAUUCAAGUGGAUAACCACGAGGGUAACUCUACUAAAUCACCAACCACAAAAGUUGUCGAAAAAAGAAAACGAAAGUCUGCAAUUACACGAAAAUACUGUUGACAAAAUUUGUUGUUAAUUAUUUAUAAAAUUUGUUACCAUAUUUUUA